AUGGCUGGGUUAUACAUGAACCUACUUGUAUAUGGAAUGAAUUAUUCGGAACGAGAAAAUGAACCUAAGUUAGUCAAGUUCUACGAUGACACUGAUUAUUUCGAAAUCCAAGAUAUUGGUCGCAUCGCUUCCAAUUAUUAUGUAGCAUACAAAAGCAUGGAUAUCUUUAAUGAUAAACUCAAAGUAGCCAAUAUUCUAUCAAUAAUAAGUCAAAGCAGCGAAUUUGCAGAUUUGAAAUCAAGAGAAGAGGAGCACCUAUCAAAUGCCAAUGUUGAAGAAUUUGCCUUAAUAUCUGAUUCAGCAUUUGUAGUACAGAAUACAAGUCGCAUAGUCCGAGCUUUAUUUGAAAUUGCUUGGAAUCGUAACUGGGCUCAAGUUUCGUCCACUUUAUUAGAAUUAUGUAAAUGUAUUGACAAGCGUAUGUGGACGUUUGAGAAUCCUCUGGCUCAAUUUAAAAUGCCUCGAGAAAUUAUAAUGAAGCUUCAAAAUAAUCAACACACCUCCUCAUUAGUGGACAUGAGAGAUAUGUCCUCGGCUGAACUUGGACAAUUAGUGAAGAAUAGCAUGGGCGCUUAUAUUUCUAAAUAUUUAGACAUGUUUCCAAUGCUAAAGUUGGAAGCACAAGUUGCACCUAAUACACAACCAUGGUGGAUAUUCGUCGAGGAUUCUGAAAAUAUCGAGUUAUAUCAUUCAGAAUUUUUUAUAUUAAAUAGGAAGCAACUUGAAGAAACUCAAAAGAUUAGGUUCGCAAUUCCAAUCCAAGAAUUACCUCCUCAAUUAUAUAUUCGUGUCAUAUCAAAUAGGUGGAUAGGAGCUGAGGCAUUUCUUCCAGUUUCGUUAAACCAUCUAGUUUUUCCUGAAAAUUAUCAUCAACAUACAGAAUUGUUGAGUUUACCUCCAAUACCUGUAACUGCUCUUAAAAACAAAUCACUUGAAGAGAUAUGUUCUAAGAGAUUUACUCAUUUCAAUCCUGUACAGACUCAGGUGUUUGACACGCUUUAUAAUUCUUCAUCCAAUGUAUUGAUUUGCGCGCCCACGGGAUCAGGAAAAACGGUUACUGCUGAAUUAGCAAUGUGGUGGGCAUUUCGUGAACAUCCACGUUCCAAGGUAGUUUACAUCGCUCCAUUAAAAGUUUUAGUUCGCGAGCGUGUAGAUGAUUGGCAAGCUAGAUUAACCGGUCCAAUGAAAAAACGACUUGUAGAGUUGACAGGAGAUGUUACCCCUGACUUGCGUUCUAUUGAAAAUGCCGAUAUCAUUAUUACAACACCUGAAAAGUGGGAUGGUAUAAGUCGUAGUUGGCAACAUAGUAGUUAUGUUCAAACCGUAUCACUUGUGAUUAUUGACGAAAUUCAUUUACUCGGUGGUGAUAGAGGACCUAUACUAGAGGUUAUUUUAUCACGAAUGAAUUACAUCAGUUCUCAAAACGAAAACAAAGUUCGCAUUGUUGGGUUAUCAACAGCUUUAGCAAAUGCUCAGGAUUUAGCAGACUGGUUGUGUAUUGAUGAGGGUGGACUGUUCAAUUUUAGUCAUUCAGUACGUCCUGUUCCAUUAGACAUUCAUAUCGAAGGAUUUUCUGAAAGACAUUAUUGUCCUCGUAUGGCUACUAUGAAUAAACCGACCUUUAUUAAUAUUAUGAGACAUUCUCCUAUAAAGCCUGUAAUUGUGUUUGUGUCAUCACGACGUCAAACACGUCUGACAGCUCAGGAUUUGAUUGCGUAUUGUUGCUUGACUGAGAAUCCUCAUCAUUUUUUGAGAAUGACUGAAGAAGAAUUACAAAUCAUUCAAUCUCAAAUCAAGGAUAGUAGCAUGAAAAGAACUCUUAUUUUUGGCAUUGGACUGCACCAUGCUGGAUUAACUGAAAGUGAUCGGAAGAUAGUUGAAUUAUUAUUUCUACAACAAAAAAUUCAAGUUUUAGUUGCAACUAGCACUUUGGCUUGGGGUGUGAAUUUACCUGCUCAUUUGGUUGUAAUCAAAGGAACCGAAUUCUAUGAUGCCAAGUCUAAAGGAUAUAUAGAUUUUCCUAUUACUGAUGUACUCCAAAUGAUAGGUAGAGCUGGUCGUCCACAAUUCGAUGAUAGUGGUGUUGCUUGUAUAUUUGUACAGAAUUCAAAAAAGAAUUUUUAUAAAAAAAUUUUGUAUGAACCUUUCCCGAUAGAGUCCAGCUUACAUAUUCAGCUUGAGUAUCAUUUCAAUGCCGAAAUAGUCGCUGGUACUAUAAAGUCUAGAAAAGAGGCCAUGAUAUAUCUUUCUUACACUUAUUUAUAUCGUAGAUUACAACAAAAUCCAGCUUAUUAUGAAUUAAAAGAUGCCUAUCCUAAAACUAUUGACGAUUAUCUAUCAAAGUUGUUUGAAAAGUCUAUGCAACAGCUAAGUCUCUCUGGUUGUAUUGAAAUGGAUGAUGAUUUUAAUGUGGAACCGACUUCCCUUGGCAAGAUCGCAUCAUAUUAUUAUCUUUCACAUAAAACGGUCAGACUCAUUCGAGACCAUAUUAAAAAUGAUUCAACUAUCCGAGAUAUUUUAGGAAUAUUAUGUAAUUCAGACGAAUAUUCUGAACUUCCGGUUCGACAUAAUGAAGAUCUCCAAAAUCAAGAUUUAGAAAAGGAACUUCCUUGGUCUGUUCAAUCUCAUCUUCCAUAUGAUAGUCCACACGCGAAAGCAUUUUUGCUUUUGCAGGCUCAUCUUAUAAGGACCAAAUUGCCAAUCGUUGAUUAUGUUACAGACACACUGUCGAUUUUAGAUCAAGCAAUUCGUAUUUUACAGUCAAUUAUUGAUAUAACUGUCGAAAAUAACAUGUUAAAAACAUGUCUUCAUACGAUGUCAUUAUCACAAUGCAUUAAACAGUCAUGUUGGCCUGAGAGUUCAUCAUUGCUGAAUCUUCCCGGAAUUGAAGAUCAUAUGAUUGGUUCAAUUCUUCACGAGGGACAUGUCGUCAAAUUCCUAGGCGAAUUAUUGGAUCUUUCAGAAGAGGAGUUGUCUAAGAUUUUCAAAAAUGUUAGCAGACUUUCCGAGCCUGAUGUAGAAAAGAUUUGUAAAGUCGUCAACAACAUUCCUAUGAUAGAUGUUGGCUGUCAUAUUAAACAUGCUAGUGACUCGAUGGCUCCAAAUGAUGAGCGCACGUUAUUGGUUUCAUUGAAAAGGGUAAAGAAUAUAUCAGGAUAUGACGGUAAAGUUUAUGCGCCUAGAUUUCCAAAACCACAAUAUGAAUCAUGGUGGUUGGUAUUUGGAGAUAAAUCAACUGAUAGCAUAAUCGAUAUGAAAAGGGUUAAUAUGCGUAAUGGACCUUUUGGAGAAUUUUCUAAUUUGCAAACCUUCAAAUUGAAGCUGAUCACACCAGAGAACGGAGGAAAUUAUCGAUACACGAUAUUCCUUAUUAGUGAUGGUUAUCUAGGAUUAGAUCAACAAUUUGACGUUGAAUUCCAUGUAGAUGAUGUUAAAGAGAUGAACUGA